ACGCCUAUCCAAUCAGAAGCCGUUGUGUCGCGGCGCCAAACUGGAAAGGAGGGGGCGUGGUAGGAAAGGCGCAAGCCCCGCCUUCAGCCCGGGGACUGGAGUUCGGGCUCCCCGCGCCCCCUUCCGGGGCUUCCCUGUCACGUGGCAAGGGAGCGGUUUUUGCAGCGUAAGGAGCCGGGGGAGCUAUGCCUAGUAGGAAGAGGAAACGAGCUUGGGAUGCUGAAUGUACGUCUUUUCCAGAUGAGACACCUCCAGGGUUGAGAAAAGCAAAUGUUAGGACAGCAGUGGCUACUUCUUCCAUUUCCAGUGCAUGGCUUAAAUGUGGCGAUGGAUUUCAGAGCACUUCCAUGCUUGAGACGUCAGAAUCUUCUGAAAAGAAACCUAGAGCUGAUAAGCAUCUUGGGCCACUGCCUACCUCUGCUGAAGGAACACUAGGAGUUUCUACUGCUGUGAACCCAGAGGAGUUUGCAGACAUAGUAUGGAGCUCUAGUGGCAGCGACUUGUCCGAUGAUGAGAAUAAAAUAUUGAUUUCAAGGUUGUAUAACCAAAAGAGUCAUGGUUCCAAAGCACAGAAAUCUUACAGCAAGCAUAACUUAUUGUCAGAGGACAGGAGUAGUGAAGGUGAACCACAGUUCAUUGACUGGGAGAAGGACAGUGAUCCUGGGGAUAGUGGUGAUGAAAGCAAUGGAUCAGGAAAAGAUGACAGUGCAUUGGACAUAUCAGACUCUGAUUCCUGUGCAAGCAGUAAUUCUCUGCCUGUUGAAGAGAAGGAAGGUGAACUUCCUAAGACAGUUUCUACAGAAAUUUCUGAAUAUUCAUCUGAGAGUGAAAACCUGGAAGAAGGCCAGGUGGACACAGAGUCUUCUAAUUUUGGAUUUAGCAAAAAGCUACAAUCAAAUUCUGAAGCAGAUCUGGCACAGGUGACAGGCAGAUCUGCAAGUGACUGGCUAAAAUCGGCACAGGCCCUUCUGCAGACACCUGAGAAACAAUCAGAUAAGACCUCAAGGACUCCAGAAGAUUCUGCAAAGAAAAGGAAAUUGCUAAGGGGAGGGUUAGCAGAGAGGUUAAAUCGGCUGCAGAACAGAGAGAGGUCUGCCAUUAGCUUUUGGAAACAUCAAUGUGUUUCGGAGUAUAAAACCUCUUCAGGAGGCAAAUCUGGUGUAUUAAUUGUGAAGAUCUUAGAAGUGCAUGAAGAGUGUGCUAUGCAAGUUGCUCUCUGCCAACAGUUGGGACAGCUGUCUGCUGACAGCUCCUCUGAAGAUGUUGUCGUUGAUACUGAACCCAGAGUCAAAGUUCUCUUUACAAAGGAAACAGCAGCUCGCCUCAAGGGAGGCCCACAGGAUAUUGUCCACAUCUAUCCUCCCUGGCAAAAGCUCCUUCUCCAUAAUGAAAAUGUCCCUGUUAUCAUGAAUACAUAUUUUAGUCAGAAGGUUCUUCUCAAAGAUCAUGCAGAAGUGACAGAUAGGACACGUUGUCCAGAGAAGUUGCAUAUUAUAUCUUUGGCACAAACAUUCAGAUUAAAUGACCUCAGAGACAGUCUGCCCCAGGAAUCUGCAGUUAAUCAGGUUGCUUGUACCAAUACGAUUACGCCAAAGACUGUACAGACUAACAGCAAUCCUGAAUCCAAACUACAUCCCUUUGCACUCAGUGCCCCGAAUGACUCUCUCCUAGAAGUGGUGGAAAGCCAGGGAGCAGCGGGGUGGAAGGAAGUGCAGGUACAAGUGGUAGUCCAAAGGGCAUAUUAUCUACCUUCAAGAGAGGGUUUCAGAUGUCAGCUUCAAGGAAAUAACCCAAUUCGUUAUGCAAUGCCAAUCUUAAAUUCGGAUCUGCCAAAUGUUAGAUUAUGCCUCCUUGUUCAGGAUGCCUACGGAAUGUUCAGUGAAGUGCAGUUGCAGACCCCAUGUUCUGCAGAGGACAUUGAACAGCAUAGCAGGAGAUGGGAAGGAAAAUCCUGCACUUUAGCUGGAAUAAGAAUUUUGCAGAGAACCACAAGGGGAAGGGCGUUGGGACUUUUCAGUCUGAUAGACAGUUUGUGGCCUCCAUUAGUGCCUCUAAAAGUUCCUGGUCAAAGUCAAGACUGUGAAGCGAUUAAAACUAACCUUCCUCCUCCCAGCUUCUGUUACAUUCUUACAGCUCAGCCUGAUCCAAGACAUGUCAAUAUAGGUGAGGAAGGACAGAUUUCCAAUUUGUACCUGCCCCCAACUAUACGUAGUCUAAAGGAAAUUCUUCAGGUUGGUGAUUUUAAUCAACGUUGUAGCUUUUGGGCACAAGUUAUAUAUCGAAGACUGCAGGUAAAAUGUAGUGUUUCUGUGGGUCAAAGGGAGUUUUGGUUAUUUGUGACUGACUUCACACUGCAGAACGGGGCUAAAGACAACUGUGGAACUCCAAAGACUGUACCUGUAUAUUUUGCUUCAUCAUGUGUUCUUGAUGAGAAAGUGAUGGAGGCACUCACCAAUGCGUCCCAUUGUGUUAUCUUCUUCAAGGAUGCUUUGCGAGGAAAUGCAGGUAGGAUUAUUUGUGUUGAACGUACCGUUCUCUUGUUACAAAAGCCCCUUUUGUACAUGGCUGCCGAGGCUGACUUUAGUGAGCUGACUAACCCUGUCAGACUAGAUGAACUGGAUUCUACAACACAGGCCAAUUCCAUUUGUACCAUAAGAGGCACUAUCUCUGGAGUUAACGAGAGCACUGCCUUCUCUUGGCCCACGUGUAACCAAUGUGGCAAUGGAAAACUGGAGCAGCAUCCACAGGAUAGGGGAUCAUAUUACUGCAGCCUGUGCUCCCAAACGGUAAUUUUACCAGUUCUCAAAAUGCAACUGGAAGUCUUUCUGCACUGUCCAUCCCGACCUCAUUGUACAGUAAAAGUAAAGCUGUUACAAAAAACAAUUUCUUCUGUCCUGAUGUCAUCAUCCAGUGAGGAUGGGAGUUAUGAGGUGAAGAGUGUGCUAGGAAAGGAGGUGGAGUUAUUAAACUGCUAUGUCCAGUCUGUAACCAACCAUCCUAGCUGUGUUGGAUUGGAGGAAAUUGUCCUUCUGGAAGCAGGAAGAAACUAACCUGAAUGCUGUCAGCUACUAGAAUAUCUAUGGACUUUGUAAUGUGGUUAUUUGAUAACUAUGCCCACAGAUAAUGUAUAAUGCAAGCAUGAUAAGUAGUGAGGUUGUUUAUUAAAACUGUGAUUUAGAAAAUAUAUUAUUGCUAAACUUAAUAAAAACUAAGUAUGUAAAAAAAAAAACUUUUUUUCUGAAUGUUUAUAUUGUGCUUUUGGUCAGUUCAGAAUUUAAGAGUAUAGUUCUUGAGAGUAUUCUGUUGGAGUAAACGUUCAUGAAUGUAAAACAACUUGUUCUGGAGGUUUGAAUGUUUGGUGGUUUGGGUGAUAUUUUUAUAAUGGGUGUUAUGAAUAUUUUAAUUUUGUGUGUAUCAAAAGAAUAACUUUUUAAAUGUUAUUUUUUUGAGUAAGGGUUUUAGCAUGAAUGGUGGACUUUAAGUAAGUUAUCUGUUUUAAUAAUUUCCAGAAGCAUUAUAUACUGCACACCAUUGAUACUUAACUGUAACGUUAUUACCACACUGCAAUAAAUAUUACAAAUUCA